GGGACUGGCCCAACACUGGGAACCGCGUUCCUGUUCCUAAACCGUGUCUCACGCCCGACAUUUCCGCCUGCUCCUGCUUCUGGGAAACUGGGUCGGUUUCCCGCUGCCGGGCUGCCGAGCCUGCUGCAGCAGCGCCAACGCGCUGAACUGGUGGCGUUCUGCAGUGGCGAGGCAGCAGCGGCGUCCUGCUGCUCCUGCGGCUGCUUGGUGACGCCGACGCAGGCGCUGCAUCCUAGCAUUUCGACUUAGCCAGCUCAUGGCGUCACGCACGCAUGGCUACCACCCAGACGCCGCAGCGCUCGACGACGAGGGCUGUGGCGGCUGCGGCGCUGCCGCUGGCGGCGGCGCGUGCUUCAGCCCCAGCGGCCGCUGCAACAGCGGCUGCCUCGCGGCGUUGGCGGACGCAUUCCUGAGCGGCAGCAGUGAUGCUGUCGGCGCCACUUGUGGAGGUGGUAGUGGCGGCGGUGGUGGCGGCGGAGGCGGCUGGGUGCUGGGCAGCAACACCCACCGCCUGUACAGCGCUGGCUCCCUCGAGCUGCGCAGCCUGGACGAGCACGCGCUCAACCACGGCAGCGGCGGCGGCGGCGGCGCCGCCGCCGCCACCAUGGCGGCGCCGAGCCCGUUCGGCGGCCCCUCGGCUCCUUGCUGCUACUUGCACCCCUCGCCCCGUGGCGCUGACGGCUAUGAUGGUGACGGUGGCUUUGGUGGUCGCGGCGAUGACUUGUGCUUUGACCCUGGCUGCGGCGUCGCUGCCGCGGCGGAGGACGGCGGCUGCGCCGCGUAUCUGAGCAUGCACCGACCCUCUGCCGCCGCUGCUGCUGCCUCCGCCAUUGCUUCAGCUGCUGCGGCCUGCGCGCCCCGAACCCGCAGCAGCAGCGGCAGCGCCGGCGUGGCAGUGCGCGCCAGCCGCAGCGCCAGCCCGCAGUUGCGGUGCCCCUUCGCGGCCGCCGCCGUGGCCGGGUUUGAUGGUGGCUUGGAUACCGCCGCUGGCGGCAACGGCAGUGCCGCCGGCAUUGGAGCGGCGCCGCCGGCGGGCGGCAGCGCCGACGACACGCUCCAGUGCGGCGAGGCCCUGACGUCGGAGGAGAGCAGUGGCGACGGAGCCGACAUCGCCGCCGCUAUCUGCGCGACUGCCACUGCUGCGGCCGCGGGCGCUGCUGGGGGCGACUGCAAGGCUGCCUACUACUACUCAUCGUCGCCGGCACCGCCGUCGUCCGCUGCAGCUGCCGCUCCCGCGGUGACCGCAGCGGCUUUGCCGCCCCAGGCCUUGCACGCAUCCCCGGCCCCUCACCACCACGCCCUCCCGGCCCAUCCCCCCGCCGCGCCGCCCUGCGCCGCGCCCGACCCGCCGAUGCAACGCAUGACCCCGCCACCGCCACCGCCGCCGCCGCCGCCUCACGUCGCGGUGGCCGGCACUGGCGCCCCGCCGCCGCCUGGCUACUACCACCACUACCCCGGUGCCCCGCCGCCAACGCCGCAGAUGUACGCGCCGCCACCGCCGCCUGUGCCCGCCAGCGUGCCGCCGCCUGUGCCGUACGCCCAGCCACCGCCGCCGUACAGCCAUUACGACAACAGGCCACCGCCGUACGGCUACACGUCGCCGCCGCCUCCUGUCACUUACGGGCACAGCAGCACUGGUGGCAGCGCGGGUGAGCACGCCACUGCCGCUGGCAACCCGCCGCCGCUGCCGCCACCGUACGUGACCGCGGCCGCCGGCAGCCCUACGUACCCACCGGGGCCGCACCCCCACAGCCACCACCACCACCACCACCACGACCACCACCACCAUCACCAGCAGCAGUAUCCGCCGGUAGUGCCUCCACCGUACCACAACAUUGGCCCGCCGCCGCCGACGACGACGUAUGGCUAUGGCUACCCGCCAGCAGCGCACUACAGCCACGCCCACAGCCACGCCAUGCCGCCGCCACCGCACCAACCCCACCACCAGCCCCACCACCACCAGCCCCACGGCAUUACGAUGAUGCCGGCGCCGCCGCAGCCGCCGCCACCACCUCACGGCUACUACGGCCAGCCGCCGCCGCUGCCGUACCACAUGCCGCCACCGCCUUACUACAUGUACGGCGAGCGCCCUGGCCCGCCCACCGCCCCAGGCGACAAGUACAACAGCCAGGCACACCGCGGCGCCGCACCUGCUGCUGACCCCUGCGCCCACUGCGGCGCUGCAGGCAGCUGCCUCUGCCACGUCGAGCGGCGUGAGUCGGCCGGCUCAAGCUUCACCGCCGGCGGUGCGGCACCCAGUGUGGCCAAGUCGCAACUGCCGCCGCCAGGGUCGGUGCCCCUGCCCCCGUGCGGCUCCGUUCCGCUGCCCCCGUGUGGCUCCGUGCCGCCGCCGCCCCCGACGCCGCUGCGUGUGGCCGCCUCCAUCACAACUGAGCUCAGCGUAGACGCGCCGCAGCCCCAGCAUCAUUCCCAGCAUCUGUCCCCGCAGCACUCCCAGCCGGCGCCGCAGCAGCCGGCGCCCUCGCCCUUCGGCUCCGCCGCGGGUGCGGCCCGCACCGCCUUGCUGGGCGCCGCCACCCCCGCGUCUGCAGCCCCGACGUGCCUUCCACGGCCAGCCGGGCCCUCCCCCACUGCCUCCAGCAACCACAGCGCCAUGCCGCCACAGGCGCAGGCGCAGGCGCCGCCCCCAGCCCACCAGCACCAGCCGCAGCAGCUGCAGCAGGCGCAAAGCUACAGUGCUGGGCCCGACGCUGCCCGGACCAUCGCGCCGCCGCAGCAGGCACCAGCUUACUGCUACACGCGUGCUUCAAAUGUCAGCAGCGCCAGCGCGGUGGGAGUGACCGCCAUUCCCCGCCCCGAGGUUCCGCAUACGCACGCUGCACCCUGGCAGCAGGCGCACAGCUGCCCGCCGCCGCACGUGCAUCCGCCCCAGCAGCUCCAGCACCCGCAGCAUCAGCGGCCCUGCCUGCCUGUGCCUGUGCCGCCGCCGCCCAAGUGGCGCCAGGACCGUCCCACGGCUGCUAACACCACUGCCACUGAUGGUAGCAACGUGGCUAGCGCCGGCUUUGCUAGCGCUGCAGCUACAGCCACUGUUGGCUACCGCCCACGUCAGUCCAGCGCCCUCAGUGACUGCAGCAUCGCACUUCGUGACCUGCUGUGUGGCGGCGGCGGCGGCGGCGAAAAGGGAGUCGCAGCCGGCUACAUCAGCCGCCGCGGCAGCGGCGCCGUUACGCCGGGGCUGGUCCAGCAGCUGACGGGCGGCGGCGACAGCGACGCGGAGGGCAUGAGGGUCGCCAUGGCGGCGCUGCUUAGCGGCGGCGCCGUAGGGGCAGCGGAGGAGGACGAGGCCACCGCCGCCGCUGACUGGCUGCAGCUCAGCAGCUUCCAUACCGACGGCGACGGCGACUGCGAUGGUGGAAGCGGCGACGGCAGCAGCAGCGGCCGCGCCCAUGCCGCUCCCGCGCCAGCUGCCACGCUCGUGUACGGCAGGACCACCAGCAGCAGCAUGGUGCCGUGCAGCGACCUUUACGCCUACAACAACACCUACGCGUACACCCGCCCCGCGGCGGGGGCGGCUGCAGCCACGACGGCGGCAGUUUUCGCCGACGGCAGCAGCAUCAGCGGCGCCGCUGCGCCGGCUGCUGGCGUCAUGUACCCGCUGCACACGCUCUGCAGCGGUGGCAGUGCCGACGUCGGCGUCACUGCUGGCCCCGGGGCCACUCCGCCUGGCCUCGCCUCUGACCCCUACAACCACAGCAGCAGCGGCGUGCCCGCCCCAGACGCUUCCGUGGGCACGCUGCCGGCGCUGCAGCAGACUGGCAGCAGCGGCCGUGCCACCGCCGAUGUGGCCCAGGCUCUGUUGCCAUCUGCCGUGGCAAGUGCUGAGAUUGCGAGCGCUGCUAUGGGGCAGCAGCCGGCUGCAACACUGGUGGCCCGCCGGAGCUCCGGCGGCCCCAAGCCCCAUGCCAGCCGCGGCGCCCCUGCAUACCAGGCAGCAGCAGAGAUAGCAGCAGCACCCGUGGUGGCGGCUGCGCCGCCGGCACCGGCCCUGCCGCGCGCCCGUGCUCCCAAGCGGUCUGCGGCUGUAGCAGCUCUGACCCAGAUCGCGGCGCACACCCGCAGCGACUUCAGCUGCGGCGGCGGCAGCAGCGCGGCAAGCGGUGAUGACAACUAUUCCGCAUCCGAGGCCGAGGAGGACGAGGAGGAGGAGGCUGACAUCGAGAUUGAGGAGGAGGAGGAGGAGCCGCAACCACCACCGCGCCGCAGCUCUGGCGGCGCCAAGGCGCGCGGCGGCGCCCGGGCUGCUGGCGGCGACGCCAGCAGCAGCCGCAGCCGCAAGCGCCGUGCUGUCAGCGCCGCCGCCGCGGCCUCUGCUGCUCCUGUCCAGCCGGCGGCCGUCAUGGCGGGCACGGUCCAGGCGGCGAUGGCGGCGGGCGCCACAGGGGCUGCCGGUACGGGCGGCGCGGCCGAGGAGGAGGAUGGCGGCUGCAAGAAGCGGUCGAGCCAGUACCGCGGCGUGACGCGCCACCGCCGCAGCGGCAGGUGGGAGGCCCACAUCUGGGUCAAGGAGAUGGGCCGCCAGGUGUACCUGGGCGGCUAUGAGGAGGAGGCCCACGCGGCCGAGGCCUACGACGUGGCGGCGCUCAAGUGCAAGGGCGCCAAGGCCGGCGUGCGCACCAACUUCGAGCUGGGCCGCUACUCGGGCCUGCUGGCCAGCCUGCCGCACAUCAGCCUGGAGGAGCUCAUCAUGGCGGUGCGGCGACAGAGCCAGGGCUUCUCCCGCGGCUCCUCCAGCUACCGCGGCGUGACGGCGCACCCCAGCGGCCGCUGGGAGAGCCGCAUCGGCAUCCCCGGCUCCAAGCACAUCUACCUGGGCCUGUUCGAGGGCGAGCGCGACGCGGCGGCGGCGUACGACAGGUCGUUGGUGCGGCUCAAGGGCCCAACCGCCGCAACCAACUUCUCGCUGUCCGAGUACCGCUCCGAGCUGUCCGAGUUCCACGUGUACGGCAACGCCUCGGUGCUGCGCGACGCCCGCCUUGCCUCCGUGACCGCUGGCUCCGGCCCCGACUUUGAGAAGUGGAUCAAGUCCGGCUUCGGCGCCUUCCCGCACCUCAGCGCCGCAGACUUCGGCGCCAGUGCCGCCGCCGCCGCUACAGGCGCCGCCCCUGCCCCGGGUGCCUCUGGCAGUGGCUCCGUAGAGGCCGCGCCGCGCACUGCGGGUCCGUCCACCGCGAGCGGAGACGCGAGUCCGGCGGUUGCGGCCGCCGCGGUGGCGCACAGCCCCAGCCCCAUCGCAGCGGUUAUGGCCAUGGCAGCGGCGUCUGCAGCAGUGGCGGCUGGAGGCGUGUGAGCCCCGGUUGCGGCCUCGGGUGCUGAGGUACAGGGCCGCUGCCACUGGCUUGCUUGGCUUGAUGCUACUGGCGGCGGCGUGUGUGUGCGUCGGGCGCCGCGGUAGACAACGUGCAGCGCUGCGACGGCAUCUACUGAUCAGCGCAGCUGUGGCAUAUCGAUGUGUGGAUGGAUGGAUCGGUGCCUCUGAGGCACGCUAACGUUUGAAGGGAUGACGGCUUCGAUGCAACGCUGAAAGAGUUGAGAUAGGGCUGUGCUUAGCAACUCAUGGAUAGAUAUGUGACCAGUGUCUUCGUCGUUUCAAACUCGAUGAACUCGUGCGGCUGGCAAUAGCAACGCAUGCUGCCAGUCUUCUCGACGCCCCUGGCAUACCGCUGUGGCAUCAGCACAUUGCCGCAGGCACAAUACUGAGAUUCUUUGAGGGUGAUCAUGGCACCUCGUAAAAGCAGCAAUACGAUGAGGUAGCAAAGGCAAUAGAUGGCUGUGCGUUGGGUAGAAUGGGUACAGUCUGUAGGUGUCGGGCACCGUAGUAAAAUGCAGUAGGAAUGCAGCAGCCUGCAGUAGAAGAAAGCGGCCCCUAGGUAGCAUUUCAUUCUUUUCACGACGCUCGCAUCGAGAUGAUCGUGAUGAGUGGUGUGUGAAAAAGUGGGUCAGUUCGCGUUCGACUUCAGGCUUGAUGCCUACCACCUCGUCUUGUGUGCUAUUUGUAGGGAGCUGCACAAACAUAAGAGCAACUUGGAAACGUUAAAGUACGACAACGGAUUGUAGAGAGAUAGUGGCAGGUUGAGGGGGGGUAGGAUGCGGUGUGUUGGGUGCAUUAGUGCCCGCAGUAUCGCGGCGGUGGCCAGUUCGAAAGUGGCAUUCGGUCGUAUUGUUGACCAAAAGUACUUGGUAGGUAGAACGGCCUAAGCAAGCUCGGCGUGGCACAGGCAAGGUUGUCAUGGUAGAGGAGGUGCCAAACAAAGCUGUGAACUGUGUGAGAGAUUGUGACACGGGCAGAGGCCUUGGUGAUCACGGCACAGCACCGCAAGACGGGGCAAGUAGGUAGCGCGGGGCAUCAACGUCAUGCUGUGAUCGGUGCGAAAGAUUUAAUUGUUGCUUUCUGAUACCGACCGAAAGCAGUGGAUGGGUGGGUGGUAUGCGGUAGUAAGCUUGUGCGAGUGAUGUGUCCCAUAAGUCGUGAUCACGGCAUUGGGUCAAGAUACAUUGGGCAAUUGCCAUGCAUUGAGAAUGCAGGACUGUUCAAUUUGACAUUUUUUAUCUUGGCUUGGCAGGUGAGGAAACACUCUCACGCAGGUGAUGUGGGGCAUCAGAUUGUGAGCCACAAGUAAAAUGU